AUGGAAAGUUACAGAGGCAAUUGUCACUGCGGCAGCUUUCGGUUUGCCCUGGACGCAGCGCCAAUCACCAAGGCGACCGAGUGUUCUUGUUCACUAUGCUACCAAAAGGGCUACCUUUGGAACGAGGUUCCUGAAGAUUCUAAAUUUGAGGUCACGAGAGAUGAUGGAAAAUUGGAUACAUAUUCUUCGUCGGCAAUGGAACACAAGUUUUGCAAAGCUUGCGGCACCGGAGUCUUCGGGACUCACAAAUCUGGCCCUCUGCAGGGUAAACGGCUUGUGAAUGUGCGGACAAUUCUCGAUUUGAAUCCAUUUAAAUUCAGUGAUCCCGACGUGAUGACUACAGAUGAAGCAGCCCGCCCUGUGCCGCCCAUCACCGGCCCUGUUAAACAUGUGGGAUCAUGCCACUGUGGUAAGACUACGGUGGAGAUCCUUGCCCCAAUUAGCGAACAGGAAAUUAAAGAGGACAAUUGCUCCUCAUGUGUCAGGAGCGCAUGGAUGGGGAUAUACCUUCCUAGAAAACUCGUUCGAUAUCACGGCAAAGAGAAUACGACAGAUUAUGCAGCAACAUCACGCGGAUGGACUAGGAUGCCGUUUUGCCCAACAUGUGGUGUCCAUUUAUUUAUGGAUGUCAGAGGCCCUCCACGUGAGAUAAUCGAUAGAAUCCCAGCAGAGCGAAAGGCAGAGGUUGUGGCGAUUGUGGUAAAGAACAUGUCCACUGCGUCCAUCAAUGUCCGAUGCUUCCCUGAGGUGAAUAUUGCAGAAUUGACUGUGGAGCGGACCGACGAGGGCACAGAGGGAUACGAGCUGAAGGACUGA